AUGGAUCUCGACGAUCAGGUCACCGUCAAAGACCGAGUAUGCCAGAUUACAUGGGGAUGGUACUCGAUGUCCAUGGCGACUGGAGGCAUCGCCGUCCUGCUCUACCGAACACCUCACCAAUUCACCGGUCUGGAAAUCAUCGGCAAAAUCAUUUAUAUCUUCAACCUGUUCUUCUUUCUCGCAGUGACAGCAUGCAUGAUUCUCCGCUUCCUCUCCAGACCCAAGGCUCUCAAAGAAUCCUUUCAAAGUGGCACUGAAACCUAUUUCGCACCAACAUGCCUUCUGUCGAUCGCGACAAUAAUCCUCGGAGCAGAAAGCUAUGGAAGUGAUUCCUGUGGUCCUUGGCUGCAGGUCGCCUUACGAAUCAUCUUCUGGAUCUAUGUCGCAUGUUCCAUCCUCCUGGCAAUAUUCCACAACUGGUAUCUAUACCAUCUAGCCAUGGCAAAGAAACAACCCUUCCCAAUCGUGCAACUUCUGCCGUCUUUUCCAGCCAUGCUCUCUGGUACCAUCGCAUCCUCGAUUGCGGCCAAUCAACCCCGAGACCAAGCCCUACCGAUCCUCAUCGGUGGCGUGACAUUGCAAGGCUUUGGCUUUAUCAUGUCUCUACUCAUCUACGGAGAAUAUCAGUACUUCCUUGCCAAACACGGUCUACCAGAACGAGCAAAACGACCCCAAAUGUUCAUUGCUGUCGGUCCGUGGAGUUUCACUGCUCUUGCGCUGAUUGGAAUGGCAAAGGAAGCAGUUGAAGUUUUCCCUUCGCGAUAUAUCAUUUCUUACGCCGAUUCUACCUCUACUGAAAACGUCACUCUCAGCACUGGUGAUAUUGCAAUGGUGAUGGCAUCUUUCGUCGCUAUCUUUGUUUGGACCAUGGCCUUCUUUCACUUCUGUAUUGCUCUUGUGAGUGUUUUGGCAUCUGCUAGAAUAUUUGGAGGUGAGGGAGCGCCUCCCAUGUCGGUUGCCUAUUGGGCCAUGGUGUUCCCCAACACAGGUUUUGUUAUAGCGACGAUUAGCAUUGGGCAGGUGUUGCAGUCCGAAGGUAUUCUUUGGGUUUGCUCAGUUAUGACGGUAAUGCAAGUCGCAAUGUGGUUAGGGGUGGGCGCUGCCACUAUAUUUGCAGUUGCGAGGCGGCGAAUGUUAUGGCCAGAAGAUGUCAAGAGAAGUGCCUAG